AUGGCCUUCUGGACACAGCUAAUGCUGCUGCUUUGGAAAAAUGCCCUGUAUCGCAGGAGACAGCCGAUCCAGCUCUUGGUGGAGUUGCUGGGGCCUCUGUUUCUCUUCUUCAACCGGUGCCACUCCCACCCCCGACUGGAGCAACAUGAGUGCCACUUCCCCAACAAGCCGCUGCCCUCGGCCGGCACCCUACGGCUCCAGGGUCUCAUCUGCAGCAUGAACGACACCUGCUUUCCGCAGCCCGCGCCGCCAGGUGUCCUCAGCAACUUCAAGGACACCCUCGUCCUCUGGCUCCUGGCAGAUGCCCACACCAUCCUUGGGGGUGGGGGAAGAGCCCACAGGAUGCUGGCCAGCCUGGGAAAGCUAAUGCCAAUGUUGAGAGCGGCGGGCGGGGCAGCUCCCACCGUGGCCUUCUGGGCUUCCCCAUCCUGGCCAGGGGCCUCUGGUUCCGGCUUCCAGGCCUUUUCCUGGGCUGUCCCUGGUUCCUGGAGGGACGAGGGAUGGGUGCCCAGAUGGGCUGUGUCCAGCAUGGUGGUGAAGUGUCCGCAAUCCCUGGCGUCUGGGCUGGACCAAACCCGGGAGUCCAUGAGGAGCUUCCUGGAGGCAGCAGAGAACGUGGCCCAGGAACUCCUGGCACUGCCCGGCCUGGUGGAGCUGUGGGCGCUGCUGCGGAGACCUCAGGGGACUAGCUGGCCCCUGGAGGCUGUGUCGGAAGUCCUCUGCGGUGCCAAGGGCCCUGGCGUCCGGGGGCCCUCCCUCGACUGGUAUGAGGCCACCCACCUGAAGGAGUUGGUGGGGCAGGAGCCCGCCCCGGGCCUGCCCGACAGCAGCCUGAGCCCUGCCUGUGCUGAGCUGAUGGGAUCGCUGGAAACCCACCCACUGUCCCUCCUCCUCUGGAGGCGCCUGAAGCUGCUAGUCCUGGGGAAAGGCUUCACCAGGCGGCUCACGGCCCAGGGGAACCGGACCUUCUAGAAGCUGGCUCUACUGAAGGGCCUCCAGGAGGCGUGGGGUGUGCUGGGACCCCAGCUCUUCAACUACUUGAACGACAGUACAAAUGCGGCCAUGUGGCAGGUUACGCCAGGAUGUGGGGGCGAGUGUGCAGGCGGCUUGUGGAAUCCAGGGGAGCUCAGGGAGGGGGACCCAACUUGGAGCAGUGCGCCAUUCCAAGGAAAGCCUGAGGAGGGCCACAGCUUGGCCCUGCAGAAAUCUGAUGGCCGAGCUGGGCCGCGCCCUGGUGUCCCCGAGGAAGAAGCGCCGCCUGGCCCUGAGGUUCAGGGGAGGAUCCGGGCACCCAGGACCCACACCCAGGCCCUUCCUCAGUGUGUGACCCUGGACAAGCUGGAGGCGGCACCCUCAGAGGCAGCCCUGAUGGCGCGGGCCCUGGAGUUGCUCGCGGAGCACCACUUCUGGGCCGGCAUCGUCUUCUGGGGCCCGAGGGCUUUGGACCCCGCACAGCUCGCAGGCCCUGGUCACCCGCGCAUCAAGAUCCGCAUGGAUAUCGACGCCUUCGCGAGAACCAAUAAGAUCAGGAACAGGUUCUGGGACCCGGGCCCGGCUGCUGACCCCUUGACAGACCUGCGCUGUGUGUGGUGUGGCUCAGCGGCACCGAGGCCCGUGCAGGCCUCUACCCGCAGCAGACGCCCUCCCGGUGCUACGCGGAUGACGCUGCCCGUGGGGGCUGCUCGGGGCCUCUGGCCUCCACCGCAGCCGCGCCCCUGCCUCAGGGUCCUGCGUGUACAGAACCGGUCGCUGCCGCUUUUCCUGACCUGGAUCCACUCCGUGGCGCCGGCGGUGAAGGCCGUGGUGCGAGGGAAGGAAAGGAGGCUGCGCCACACGAUGCAGGCCCUGGGGCUCGGCAGCGCCGUGCUGUGGCUCGGCUGGUUCCUCAGCUGCCACUUGCCCUUCCUCGGCAGCACGGCGCUGCUCGUGCUGGUGCCCAAGCUCGGGGACAUCCUCCCCCAUAGCUACCCGGCCGUGGUCUUCUUGUUCUUGGCGGCUUUCGCCGUGGCCACCGUGGUCCAGAGCUUCCUUCUGAGCGCCCGCUUCCCCCGCGCCAACCUGGCGGCGGCGUGAGGCCUGGCCUACUUCGUGCUCUGUCCGCCCUACGUGCUGUGCGUGGCCUGGCGAGACCGGCUGCCUGCGGGUGGUCGUCCCCACCGCAGUCUUCUGUCGCCUGUGGCCUCUGGGUUCGGCUGCGAGAGCCUGGCGCUGCCGAAGGAGCAGGGUGAAGGCGCCCAGUGGCACAGGGCGGGCACCGGGCCCACCCCUGGCGUCUUCAGCCCGGCCCAGGUCUCUGGAAUCCUGCUGCUCGACGCUGUGCUCUAUGGCCUCGCCACUUGGUACCUAGAGGCCAUCUCCCAGGUGGGAGCACCGCUCCUCCCAGGCCAGUAUGGGAUCCCCAAACCGUGGAACUUUCCCUUUCGGAGAAGCUAUUGGUUUGGGCCUCGUUCUCCCAAGGGCUCCACCCCGCCUCCCAGCCCGAAGGACCCAGAGGUGCCGACAGAAGAGGUCCCACCCGGCUGGAUUCCUGGGGUCUCCGUACGGGGCCUGGAGAAACGCUUUCCUGGCAACCCCCAGCCAGCCCUGCGUGGGCUCAGCCUGGACUUCUGCCAGGGCCAGAUCACCACCUUCCUGGGCCACAACGGAGACGGCAAGGCCACCAUGCUGUCCCUACUGUGUGGCCUCUUUCCACCCACUGGUGGCUCUGCCCGCAUCCUGGGCCACGAUGUCCAGUCCAGAAUGGAAGCCGUCCGGUCCCACCUGGGCGCCUGCCCGCAAUACAACGUGCUGUCUGACGUGCCGACCUUGGAGGAGCACAUCUGGCGGUCGAAGGGCCUGAGUGCAGGAGCUGUGAGCCCCGAGGAGGCCCGUCCACUGCAGGACGUGGGGCUUGUCCCCACGCGUUGUGCGCAGACCCGCCGCCUCUCUGGUGGGACACGGCAGAAGCUUUCAGUGGCCAUCACCUUUGUGGGCGGCUCCCAGGUUGUCAUUCUGGAUGAACCCACGGCUGGUGUCGACCCUGCUUCCCGCUGCAGCAUCUGGGAGCUGCUGCUCAAAUACCGAGAAGGUAGGAGUCCCGCCCAGCUGCUGUCGCUCGUGUGGUGCCUGGUGCCCGGGGCGCGACUGGUGAAGGAGCUGCCCUACGGGUCUCCCCCAGCAGCACACCCCGGGGAGGAGGCAGGGCACAUGCAGAGGGCCCCACGGCGUCUUGGGCGCGGGCGACUCCUGUGGGGUCCCGGGCUGAGCCCCCGCUCUGUCUCCCAGGUCUUCCCGAAGGUGGUAGAGGCUUGCGCUGCAGACGUGGACCCAGAGGACGCGAUCACCAGCCACAAGCGGCACCUGGGCGCGGGCCUCGCUCCCCCAGACGUGACCUCACGGCUCAAGGUUCUGCCGGAAGAGUCGGCCCUGGAGAACGGGGGGCUAGCGACGUCUGCCCCGGAAACACGGGUCCUGCAGGGCUUUGGGCCAGACCCCGCGGGCCGGGGACAGGGCUGGGCGCUGACCCGCCAGCAGCUCCGGGCCCUGCUUCUCAAGCGCUUUCUGCUUGCCUGCCGUGGCCGCCGUGGCCCGUUUAUGCAGCUGAGGGGGAGCGGGCGCCAGAGGAGGGCGCGCGGGCAGCCCUGGUGGUUCAACAACACCGUGGUGGCCUUCAUCGACAGGGCCAACGAUGCGCUCCUACAUGCCCACCUGCCCCCGGGCCCUGCCCGCCACGCCCACAGCAUCACCACGCUCAGCCACCCCGAGGCUGCGCUGAGUCCCUAUGCCCCGACGGCCGCCUCGGUGGACGUGCCCGUCUCCACCUGCGCGGUCUUCACCGUGUCUUUCGUCCCAGCCAGCGUCACCCUUGUUCUCACCGAGGAGUGGCCUCUGCAGUUUAUGGGGGGCCCGCCUCCCACUCUUCACUGGCUCAGCAACUUUCUCUGGGACGUGGUGCGGGGAGUGCUUUGGAACUACCUGGUGCCAGCGUGCGUGGCGGCGCUCACCCUUCUGGCUUUCCAGCAGAGGGCGUACGUGGCUCCCGCCAACCCGCCCGCCCUCCUGCUGCUGUUACUGCUCUGCGGGUGAGGCCUCCGCCCCCCUCGGAGCCCGUUCUUUCGUGUGCCCGGCACGGCCUGUGUGGUGCUCACCUGUGUCGACCUCUUCGUCGGCAUCAACGGCGGCACAGCCACCUUCGUGCUCCAACACUUCUCUGGUCGGAAGCUGCAGGAAAUGGGCCGCAUCAGAAAAAGGGUCUUCCUGGUGUUCCCCCACUUCUGCCUGGGCCGGGGGCGUGUGGACAUGGCGUGAGAUCAGGCCGUGGCUGACGCCUUCGAGCGCUUAGGAGACGGGCAGUUCCAGCCCCCCCUGCGCUGGGAGGAGGUUGGUAAGAACCUCUUGGCCGUGGUGGUACAGGGGCCCCUCCUCCUCCUCCUCCUCCUCCUCCUCCUCAUGCUCUUGGCGACCACCUGCUGCCACGACCCCAGCUGA